AAAAAAAGCAGAACCUUCGAGAGCUUUCGCUUGAAAAAAGCGACGCUUCGAGAGCGUUCCUGAUCGUUCCCCCCUCGGCUUCACCUUCUUCCGGUUCCACAAGGCAAUCCCCCCGAGUGCCGUUUCAAUCACCGCAACCGCGCACGAUCAGAAUUCUCGCGCCUGAGGCGGACACCGUGAUCCAGCCUUCCAGCCCUUUCGUGUCCGGCGGCCUCUCCACCCCAGUCCCCAGAUUAUGUCGACGCAGUCCAUCUCGCCCGCCUCCGUGUCCGCGCAGUUCCCCUACCCUGCUACCGCCGCGGCGGCGGCCCCGUCGUACUUCCCCGUGCCCUUCCACCUCCAGACUUCGCAGUACCCCACCUGGCCGACGGUGGCCCCCGCGCAGCCGGCGCCGGCGUACAACGCCGUCUACCCCAUGCCCCAAGUCCAGCAGGCACAACAACUGUUCCAGAGAGACUCGCAGAUAAUCAGCCCUGAGGCUCUCGCCACUGUGAAGGCUGCUAUUGCAGAUAAUGACAAAGACAAGAAAGUUGAAGCAAACAAAAAGGCAGUCCCUCGAAAGGCAGCUGGGCAAUGCUGGGAGGAUCCGACGUUAGCUGACUGGCCUGAAAAUGACUUCCGUUUGUUUUGUGGUGAUCUUGGAAAUGAAGUGAAUGAUGAUGUUCUGACCAAGACUUUUUCAAAAUAUCCAUCCUUCAACAUGGCUAAGGUUAUACGGGAUAAGUCUACCGGUAAAACUAAAGGCUACGGGUUCGUUAGUUUUGCCAAUGCAUCGGAUCUUGCAGCAGCACUGAAAGACAUGAACGGUAAAUAUGUUGGAAAUCGACCAAUCAAGCUACGGAAGAGCACAUGGAAGAGUAGAAUAGACUACGAAGCUUUGCUGAAGCCGAAGACUCGGCCACAGAAGAAGCUCAAAGUGCAACCAAGAAGUGUUUUACACAAGUGAAGCAAAUAAUUCUCCUUGUUCGUCAUCACAGUAUCCACAAUGAUGUUCAAUGCGCAUAUUCAACAGUUGAUGUAAGCCUUUAGCUUUGCACGUGUCAGUGCAUUCCAGUUUAUGAUUGUAAUGUAGGUGUAAAUAUCCAAAUGACUAGUGUCUUUGUGGACAUCAACUAUGUAUUUUGAUGAAUGAUUGAUUGCAAAUGCUAUGGAUUGUUCUUCUCGCUA